UUUUUUACAUUGGAUUAUUAUUUAAAUCUAUUUAGAUAUUUAUAAUUGAAUAACCAUUAUGUUAUCAGUAGCAUUUCAUUCAGGUAGAUCAAAAAGUUCAAACCUAUAAUAUUAUUACUUAUAUAUAAAUGAUACAUUAGGCAUAUAUGGCAGACAACAGAGAUAAUGCUUUAAGUGUUUAUCAAAAUUCCGACGAUUCUCUCCAUCGAUUGACUUCCAACACUUUCGAUUCCAGAUAUACCGAAUUGACGAUCGCGGGUGAAAGUUUCACAUUGCAAGAUGGAAUUUUUGGAAUAGCAGUUAGUCUCGUGACGAACAAUCUUUAUUACAGCCCACUCUCUUCUCAAAGUUUGUAUUACGUUAACACGGAACCAUUCAUGAAAUCAGAAUAUAAAGGAAAUAACGUGCAAUAUAAAGGAGUUGAAGACAUUUACAAUACUCAAUUAUUCGCUAAAGCAGUAUCGAAAAAUGGCGUUGUCUUCUUUGUGAAUAAUUCAGCUCUUGGGUGCUUGAAUGACUAUCAACCAAUUCAGAGGCAAAAUAUUGAUAUGGUCGCUCAGAAUGAAGAGACACUUCAAAUGAUAUUUAGUAUAAAAAUUAAGCAAGAUUUUCCACAAUCCAGCAGGAUUAAUAGAACUCAAAGGAAUGAAUAUAUGUUGGCUUUAAGUAACAGAUUACAGAAAUUUAUGAACCAUAAUUAUAAUUUCAACGAAGUGAACUUCAGAAUUUUGGGUGCGAAUGUAAAUGACCUAAUAAAGAAUACUCGUUGCGUAAAUUUUAACAAUCAAGCUCACCAUUCUUCAAGAUCACAUUAAAAUCUGUUAAUUUUUUUCUCGAUAUAAAUCAAAUAUUUUUCAAAAUUUUGUUAUAAAUAAAUAAUUAUUAUAAAUAAAUUAUAAUUCUACCUUUAAAAA